AUGGGAACUCGCACAGCAGAGGCAGCUGGGGCAGCAGGGGGCAGCCGCCUGCACUGGGAACCCCGCUGUCAGCACACCUCGCCAGACGGAAUGCCCAGCACUGCAGUCCUGCCCCCGCGCCUCGACGGGCCCUGGAUCUCCACUGGCUGCGAGGUGCGCCCUGGACCGGAGUUCCUCACCCGCUCCUACACCUUCUACCCCAACCGCCUCUUCCGAGCCUACCAGUUCUACUACGGGGACCCCUUCUGCCGGGAGCCUGCCCACUCGCUGCUCAUCAAGGGCAAAGUCCGCCUGCGCCGGGCCUCCUGGGUCACCCGGGGCGCCACUGAGGCUGACUACCACCUGCACAAGGUGGGCAUCGUCUUCCACAGCCGCCAAGCCCUGCUCGAUGUCACCGGGCGCCUCAACCAGACCCAGGCUGGCCAGGACUGCGUGAGGCGGUUGCCCCCCGCCCAGGCCUGGCUGCCAGGGGCGCUGUAUGAGCUGCUGAGCACCCGGGCGGAGGGGGACUGCAUGGCGGCCCUGGGCUUCACCAUGCAUGAGCUCAGCCUGGUCCGAGUGCAGCGCUACCUGCAGCCCCAGCCCGGGGCUGUGUCCCGGCUGGUGGAGGAGCUGUACCUGGGGGACAUCCACACGGACUGGGCAGAGAGGCAGCAAUACCGGCCCACCGGCUACCAGCGGCCCCUGCAGAGCGCCCUGCAUCACGUUCGGCCCUGCCCGGCCUGCAGCCUGGUCGCCCGCUCGGACGUGCGCCACCCGCCGGCGCUGCCCGCCCAGCUGGCGCUGCCGCUGCGCCUGGGUGGCCGCUGGGUGAGCGCGGGCUGCGAGGUGCGCCCGGCCGUCCUGUUCCUCACGCGGGUCUUCGCCUUCCACGGGCCCAGCCGCUCCUGGGAGGGGCGCUACCACCACUUCUCCGACCCCGCCUGCCGGCAGCCCACCUUCACCGUGUUCGCGGCCGGCCGCUACAGCCGCGGCGCGCCGUCCGCCAGGGUCCGCGGCGCCACCGAGCUGGUGUUCGAGGUCACGCGGGCCCACGUGACGCCCAUGGACCGGGUCACCACGGCCAUGCUCAACUUCUCCGAGCCCAGCAGCUGCGGGGGCCCCGGGGCCUGGACCGUGGGCGCCGAGCGGGACGUCACGGCCACCAACGGGUGCCUGCCGCUGGGCAUCAGGCUCCCGCACGUGGAGUACGAGCUCUUCAAGGUGGAGCGCGACGCCCUGGGGCAGAGCCUGCUCUUCACCGGACAGAGGCCCACGGACGGGUCCAGCCCCGACACCCCGGAGAAGCGCCCCACCUCCUACCAGGCGCCGCUGGUGCUCUGCGGCGGGGACGCCCGCGACUCCUCGGGGCCCGCGCAGCACUGGCCGGCGCUGCCGAAGGCCCCCCGCGGCGGGGGCCCGGACCCUCGCGUGGCCCCUCUGCCCCUCCUGCCCCUAGUGCUGGGGCCGGCCUUCCUCUGGUGGCUGUGA